UUGUACUCAUACUAUUCAUUCUCUAAUAAAACAUUUUUCUUUUUCUUCCAGAUUCUUCUUUUCUUUCGUUUGCUCUUUCUCGUCUCUGACUUACUCUCAUGGUCUAGGGUUUGGCUCCGAUAACUUCUUAACUAAAUCGUAGUAAUAGGAAAGUUUCAGCACAGAAACACGAAGCUGAGAGAUUUAACAAAUGGGAUUUGGAGUCCUAAGAAGCAUCAUCGGACCCCUAUCAAGGACCGUAAUUUCACGCGCCGCCUCCACUUCUGCUACGUCGCCGUUUUUCUCCUCCUCUUUGUUCUUGAAACCCGAGUUACGAAGCGUCUCGACUAUCCAAUCUUCAUGGUUCCCUAUUUUGAACCGCUUUCACAGUUUAACCGACACGCGAUAUCCGAAGCGAAGACCAGUUGACAAGCCUCGUCGCAAAAGAGCCAGUUUGCGUCCGCCUGGACCGUAUGCAUUUGUAAUGUAUACUCCGGGGCAGCCUAUCAGGCCCAACAAUCCUAAUGAAGGGAGUGUCAAGAGAAGGAAUGAGAAAAAGCGCAUAAGGCAGCGCCGAGCUUUCAUUUUGGCAGAGGCAAAGAAGCGGAAGGCUCAGUUACAAGAGGCUAACAGGAAAAAGAGAAUUAAGACAGUAGAGCGUAAGAUGGCUGCUGUGGCAAGGGAAAGAGCAUGGGCUGAAAGACUGGCUGAGCUGCAGCGUCUUGAGGAAGAGAAGAAAAAAUCUAUGUCCUGAAUGGUUCUUGUUCAAUUUCGACUUAAGAUGUGACCCCAUGUUACUUUUUCGUUGUUUUUACUUCGGCAUUAUUGAACCGGUUUUAUAUAAAUUCUCACAGGUUGUUGCAAUGUGUUAAUUUCGGCAACGAUGCUCUUAUCUGUGCAAGGUUUGGCUUUGAACAUAUUAUGAGCUGUAUUUGUUUACAGGAUUUUCAAUUCUAUUUGGCAGGCAGGAUUAGAAAAAUAUAAAGACAUUGCCAGGUUUGUUCA